UUCACCUUUUCCCAGAAAGCAGGUGUUGAUAGAAUUAAUUGUUGAUGUAGCGUAUUUGAAAGUGCAAAAUUAAAAACACUUUGUAAAAUCAAAAUAUUGAACUACAUUAUUGUUCAAAAUUAUACUUGUCUAGAUUUGUGUACAGUUUAGUUGCAUUUUACUGAAGUUAGUGUUAUAAAACACUGUUUGGUUUAACUUUUUGUGAGAAAAUUAUAUUAAGCUGCGACAAAAACUAAUAAUUCGGGUGAAUUGAGGUGUAAACUGUGACAGAAUUGCGAAUAGAAAUUUUCUCGCGAUAUUAAUAAAGUGCUACAGUGAAGGUGAAGCCAUAUAAAAAGUAAAUUAAAAGUGUUUACUUUAAAAUGACUUGAACGUAUUUUUUACAGUUUCGUUGAGUUAUUUAAAUCGUGCCUAGAAUUUAAACAUGACUACAGACAGAUUUCACAAAGCUGCCAAGGAUGGUCUGCUGGUGGUACUCGGAGAGGCGACGAGGAAAGAGUGCAACAAUAAGGAUGAAUCAGGGAUGACGCCAACGCUGUGGGCCGCCUUCGAGGGACACAUCGAAGCAUUGAGAUUACUAUGUGCAAGAGGAGGUGAACCUGACAAAGCUGACUACUUCGGCAACACUGCCCUCCACCUAGCAGCCGCGCGAGGUCACAAAGAAUGCGUCACCUUCCUCAUCAACUUCGGGGCGAACAUGUAUGCGAUGGACGUGGAUGGACACACGGCUCAGGAGCUGGCCGCCAUUAAUGGCAGAGACGAUAUACUGCGCUUCUUAGACCAAGCGACGGGGAAGUUAGAAAAUAAUGACAAAAAAAAAGCAAAAUCUUUAAAGGAAAAAGCGAAAAAAGAUCACGAGAAACUCCAAAAACAGUACACAAAGAGACAGAGCAAAGCUGAGGUGAACGCUGAGAAGGAGCUGAAGAAACUGACGAAGGAAUGGGACCACGGGUACAACGAGGAGGUGUCGACGAUGCCGCACAGGCCCAGUAACGUGCUGAUGGCUUUGAAGCAGAAGAUGACUCGGUCGUCUAGCCAAGGCAAUCUGCUGGAGGAGCAGCCGCGGCCGACGUAUAGCGCGCUGGUGGGCACGGUGGGCGGCGGCGCGCGCGGUCGCGGCGCGGUCUACAAGAAGGCGCUCGCCAGCAAGUUACGCAACGGCACAGUGGGCAAGAGCGCUGCUAAGGACGACUUUAAGGUGGGCGAGGUGGAGCGGACGGGGCGGCGCUCCGUGACGUCACUGAACGGCGUGCGGCGCGACUCGGAGGUGAUGUACGUGGGCACGUUCGGCGCGGGCCCACAGCAGCGCGGCGCCGUCGCCGACGUGUUCGACGACACGAGGAAACCCGCGCUCACGAGGUCAGCCAGUCAGCCAGACUUCAUGGCUGCACAGAACGAAGACAGUGGCAUCGGACAAGAAGUGUUGCUUCAAGAACCCGCCAGCAUAUUCGACCGGCCUGGCUUCGGCAGCGUCGCUUUUAGACGUUCGAUAACAGCAACGCUGAGCGCUUUGCCGGCUAGCGAGGAGCUGUCGAUCGGCUCGGCGGGGUCAUUGGCCGCCAGACACGCAUACCAGCCCACUGAAUGGAAUUCCACACAAUCUGGAAGUUCAACCAUAACAUCCGACGAGGAAGGCGAAGCAGACGAGACAGGCUACUCCUCUCUAGAGCGCUUCCUAACAGCCUGGGGCUUGUCUCAAUACAUACAGAAGUUCAAGGACGAACAGAUAGACUUGGACUCCCUCAUGCUGUUGACGGAGAGCGACAUGAAGUCGUUGGGUCUACCGUUAGGGCCGUAUAGAAAGCUGGUAACUGUCGUACAGGAGAGGAAGCAAGCGUUGUCACAUCCCGGACCUAUGAUUGAUACUGCGAUAUGAUUUACUUGGGGAUAGACUCUGUAUGGCCAGACCUUCAUUGUAUAAAAGCUGAAUGUUUGUUAGAUGUCCUACCAUAAGUAUGACAUACAAUCAUAGAGACCGUGCAGUAGCUUUGGGAAGUAGAAGAUUUCAAGGGUCUAAUCCGAUUAGGCAGAGUCAGCUUAAGUUGUAUAUUUCAAAUGAUUUCUUGGCAAUUAAAGCUAAAGCUAAGUGUCGGGACUCUCAAUCAACUGGGACUUGAUUUCUUAUAUUAUGACGAAGAAUUGCGAUAUGGACGGUUAAGGAUCAUCUGAACCAUUGAACCUGCUAUCUUCAAAGCUACCACGGUUCAAACUCCUAAGUUGCCAAUCAGCAAGUAAGCCUCUUGCCAUGGGUAUGGUAUAGCCAAUUGCUUAUGGCAAGUGGUAUACGUAUUUUCUGCUUUUAUAUUGAAAUCAGCAGUCUGGUUAUAUCACAGGUUUUUGUUCUGAUCAAGAUGAUACCGAAAUUAUUGAAUUUAUGUGUUAUUUUUAGUCAGAGUUUUCAAAGAUAGAUUUGAUUUUGAUGAUUUUCUUGGCUUUUAUUAUAUAUUUUUUAUAUAAUUGUGUGUCCAUGUUUAGGCAUAUAUAUAUUUCAUAGAAGUAAUGUCAUCGUAUAUUAAAAAUAAAAUACAAAAUGUUUAGAGGAAUUGUGUAAAUUAAUUCUAGUUUCUAGUUUUGAACACUACAAAACACAAAACAAUCUGUAUUUUCGUAUUUCAUAUGCGAUCACAAACGCAAAAUAUUAAACACUGAUGUUAAAAAUUAAAUAUUUUGUAAACAGCGAAUCAAAGCAUAGAUUAUAGAAUACAUAGAUACCUAAUAGAAUACGUAAUGUAAUAUUUUAUUAGAUUUACGACUUUUGAGAAUAAUGUAAUUUAUACACUUUAUAAACUAUUUACAUAUUUUCGCAGACCUUUUUAUAUUUAUGUAUUCAAAUUACCUAAUUAGUAUGCGUGUGUGCGUUUUCCAGUGUUAGUUUCUAUCAUGAAAUAUCCAGUAAUAUAAAGUAGUUUUAAUAUUAAUAACAUAUUGUGAUGUGAUAACUGUAAACAUUCCAUUCCAUCCAUACGCCAUAUUAAAUAUUUUUAUAAAAACAAAUAUACAUUUUUGUAAGAUUUUUCAAAA